AUGGAACUGAUGCUUGAAGGUCCGGAGUCGAAUCGCCAAGUUGGUACCCCUAAGUCGCAUUCUCGCGGUCUUCACAGCCGUGAAAAUACGUCGGAGUCGGGUGAUUUCCAGGAGACGCCCAUGAUACAAAAAAUGCCCAGUGAUGAGGCAGUCCUUCAAAAUGGCCACAGACUACCCGUGCCAAUGCCGCCGAAACAUAUUAUUAACGAGGGUGUUGCACUCUACUUCCAAUACUGCCACAAGCAACCUCUAUGGCUAUUUGAUCCCGAGGAUUUAGCCCGUCCAGAAAACUGUCGCAGUGAGGUGAUAUUUGGCAUACUCAGUCUCUCUUUAUGUUACUCGGACAGCCCCGCACUGGAAGGAAGAACAGACCAAAUGUGCCGGCAAUACGCCGAAGCCGCUCGCAGCUAUGCCAUGUUUCGAAUUGCCCAAGGCAAUGUGAACCUUUCAACAUUGCAAAGCUUCUGCUUGAUUGCGAUGGCUGAAUAUAUCGCCAAUGACACUCAUCUCGCGAGGCUUCACAUCGGUCUUGCGACAAAUUUAGCCAAGUGUGCAGGAAUUGACAUCGAAUUACACGAGGGCAAAUUCACCCCUGAAUUAGAAGAACGGCGAAGAGUGUUUUGGAGCAUCCAUCUUCUUAACCAGCAAUAUGCGCCGCACAGUAUGCAGUUGAAUAUGUUGCGAGACAUCCAUAGCCCGAAGUACAUGGCUGCCAACACUGACUAUUCACGGGAAAUGGGGAUGAAGCCGCCUCAGAUACCCCAAGAAAAUGGUGCCUUCACCACAAGAGGAGGUAUUUGGGUGUAUAUGGUGCAACUAUCAACGCUAUGGAGUGAGGUGCAGCAAUAUGUCUCUCAUUGCGCCAGUGGAGAUACGACACCACCGUGGUCAGUUGACUCUGGCUAUUGUAUCAUUGGGGCUCACCUGAUGGAUAUUGAAACGAAAUUUCCUACCUCACAUCGUUAUGACUCAGUCAGGUUUCAGGAGCAGUCGCGAGCAGAACUGAAUCGUGAUCGUGGGUAUUGGAGCCCCUGGCUGUAUCUCCAGUUCACCUAUCACGCAGUCCACAGCGUCCUCAACCAUCCUUUUCUUUACUCUUGGCGACCGCAGCAGUCUGCCCAACUUGCCGUACCCAACACGUUCUGGAAGACAUCCUCGGAGUUGGCUCUUAUUCAUACGACGUGGACGGUUCGCCUGAUUGACAUGAUUGCCGAAAAGGAGUAUCAGCUUUCUGACCCAUUCCUUGGUCAUGCUGUAGCGAUCGCGGCCACCGUUCACCUGUAUUACUGUCGCGCCGCAGAUCCAGUCGUCAGAGAGUCCGCGCAAAGAAAAUUGGACACUUGCACAACAUUCUUGAGUGAUUUGGCGAGCAAAUGGCCACGAAUCCAGUCACUUGUAAGUUUGGACCGAUGA